AUGUACGAUCCAAAAGCUCCUGUAUCUAUGUUCUUCAUUGCUAAACUUGAUCUGAAAGACAAAAUCAUCAAUAAGAAUCAAGAAGAUAGAGAAGACUUAAAGAAAAUUAUGGUUCAAAGGGAGAAAGAGAUGUUAGAUCUAAAAGAAAAUAUCAAAGAAAAGGAUGUGAAGAAAAGUUUUUCACUUGUAAGUUUUCAAAUAAAAGAUGUACCUAUGGAAUGUUCAUCAAGAAACUCUUGUUUUCACUCUGAUGAACAUCACACCAGCUCUGGUUCCAAUAAGCCUCAUGCUAAAGAGCUUCAAGCUGAGUGUUCGCAUUAUCAAGACUUCACAUGCUGA